UUCCUGAAUUAUUUGUCAAUGUAAUUACAAUUUGUCGGUUUGUUUAUCUCAUUUAGCCCGAUCGAAAAACGAAAGCGACGGGAUCUCAUGACGUGCUCUAUUUUUUUUAGGUGAAACUCGCUAACGAAACACGAUCGAAAUGGGGAAGUUGCUGUCGAAAAUAUUCGGAAACAAGGAAAUGAGGAUACUGAUGCUCGGCCUCGACGCCGCCGGAAAGACGACAAUCCUGUACAAAUUAAAAUUAGGACAGUCCGUAUCAACCAUACCGACAGUGGGCUUUAACGUCGAAACGGUGACCUACAAAAACGUGAAAUUCAACGUGUGGGACGUCGGCGGCCAGGACAAGAUCAGGCCCCUUUGGCGACACUACUACACCGGCACGCAGGGUUUGAUAUUCGUCGUCGAUUGCGCCGAUCGGGAUCGCAUCGACGAGGCCAGACAGGAAUUGCAUCGCAUCAUCAACGACAGGGAAAUGAGGGACGCGAUCAUACUCAUCUUCGCCAACAAGCAGGACCUGCCGGAGGCCAUGAAGCCUCACGAGAUCCAGGAGAAGCUCGGCCUGACGAGGAUCCGGGAUCGGAAUUGGUACGUGCAACCGGCUUGCGCGACCACCGGCGACGGCCUCUACGAGGGACUGACGUGGUUGACGAGCAACCACAAGUUAUAGCAUCCCGACGAGUACGGAAGAACAAUGAUUAUAAGGUGAAUUUCAAGAAAUAAAUCCAUUCAAGCUGCCAGUCCAAAUUUCUACUUGGACUUUAAUCAGUGAAUCAAUUCAGUUGUGUAGUGUACGAGUAGAUUAGUGGCAGUGUUAUAAUUAUAAUUCAGUUAGAUUUUCUACUACCUAUUUGAAUGGUUGUGACAAUUCGGACUCAUUCUUGAAAUUACCUCACAUGUAACUUGUAAAUAAAUUAUUAGUAGUAUUGUAUUGUUUUAUAAUGUGAAAUAUUGUUGCUACAUUUUUCAAAUCAUCAGUAUGUUUUUUAUCGUAGAAUUGUUGUGUUGUUGACGUUUAUAUUUCCAGGUAUUUAUCCACCCUAUUUAUUUCUUUCUGCACUGUAAUUUAAUAUAUUCGUACCUGGAUAUAUCCUUACAACACAAUCGUUCUAUUAUAUUUUGGUACAAAAUUUAUUGUUAAAUAUAUUUUCAUUUCUAUAUUAUAUCGUACGAAAUGGAUUAUUAAUUGCUAUACGUUUUUAUCGUAAUAUGAAACUAAUUUCCCAUCGAGCAAUAAACUAAUCAAUUCAUAUUGCUUUAAAAUAAAUUAAUAGUCCACUUCGGUACUAAAGCAAAAGUAAAUACUAAAUAUUUAUAUAUAAAUACUAUACUUUAUAUUUUUCACAAUAAUAGUGAUAUGUUUUACGCGCGCACCGGCGGGCGGUAUUCGUUUCGUAUUAUUUUUAAACAUUUAAAAUGGUCAUUGAAUCGCUAUAAAAAAGAAGCAACUAAUCGAACACACCGCGGUGCGUGCGUAAUGAAACAUUUUAAAAUGUUGGCUAAAAAUUUUCGAGAGACAAGGUGUAAAGAAAGUCAAUUAAUGUAAUCUGCUUAGAUAUUAAACGGCUCGGCUUGAGAGUCAGUUCAGUUUCGACUUGUAAUUUACGAGGAACUCCUCCUGAUUGAUACCAGUGAUUAGAAAUUUGAUCGGUUCAUCAAACUAAUUCGGUAGCUUUUUUGAAAUUGAAGCAAUAAUUUCGUUACAGUCGCGCUUAAGCAGGUUACAGUAAAUAAUAAUUACAAUUCAUUCCUAUGUCUUGUCCCUUAUCGUAACGGUAAUUUUAUUUUUCUUUUUAUUUCAGAUAUAUUGCCAAAAAUACUUUUUGUAUAUAAUUAAAGACUGAAUAGAUAUAAGAUUUUCUUCGCUUAGAGAAAUUCAGCCAUCAUUUUUUUGCAGUUAAUAAUACUCUAUACGAAAAUACAGCUCCGUUUUUUUUAUAGUUUAUAUUUUUAAUAGAUUCUGUAUACACGUUUUGAAUAUUUUCUUCGCUGUCUUCGAUUCGACAAAUUUUUAUUCAGAGACAGCGAUUGAAUCGAGCCAGUAAUGAAUGGUAUAAAGAAAGUCUGUUCAGGUUUGGAAUUGGUUUAAUGGGAAUUUCUUCGUUUUGAAAUUCAUCCACCAUCGUAGUAGAUUUUUCCAUUCCACUUGGUUUCUCUUUCGCUUAGUUGAGAAAAAUCGAUGGAAUUCUUGUUAAAUCAUUUUCAUUUUGAACGAUUGCAUUACAUGCGGUUUAAAUGAAGCACAUAGGCUUAGUUAUUUAGUUCUCAGUAAGGUCUUCUUCGUAAUUUGUAUUAUUUGUACAUAAACAAAAAAAAAUCUAUUGAAGUGCAUUUCGUUUAGGAAUUUUUUAACCAAGUAUUUGAAUACAUUACGUUUUCGGAUUUUAUAUGCAUAAAAAAUUGUUUAUCGUGAGAUUUGUGAGAUAUUAGAAGAAAUGAGCACGCGGGCUUUGUAGAAAUAAUUAGAAAAAUAAAAGUAUAAAAAUUUAUCAUAGAGCAAUUAUAAAAAAAAUUUAUGCUACUUUGCUUAACAUAUUUUAUGAUUAUUAGGUUCCUUAUCCGAUUUAUUUUUUUAUAAAGGGUGUUCCGGAAAAAGUUGCCGCGAAGAAAUGUUAUUUUGAGCAAUUUUGAGGGGGGUUCUUUAUACGAAAUUUUUUGCUUUGUUCCACCGUAAAAUUCACCAAGGACUCGAGUUUCGUUUGCGGCAACCUUUCCUCGAACACCCUGUAUAUAUAUAUUUGCAAGAUAAAAUUGUUUUACUUAUAUGUAACUAACUGAUAUCGUUUUUUAGGUGAAUUAAUUAUUGAACUAUGUAAAUUAUUUAGUCUAGGCAUGUAAAAAUUUUUUAAUUAAUUUUAUUGCCAAAAAUUGACUUCCUAAGUAACGUCAAGCGUUUUGUUUAAUUUUUAUUAAAAACCUUAUUUUUUGUGAUACACCUUUCAAAUAAAUACAAGGCAAUAUUAAAUUACUAUUCGUUUCUUUGCCGUUUUCCC